GUUGGAGCAAGCACGUCAAUCGCGCUCUCUCGCCCGUACAUCGGAUCUGCGAUUGUCAGAGGACACCCAUCAGGCCCACACAUCAUGCUGCUCAAGUCGACCGUCCUGACCUACGCUGGCCUAGUGGUUUGCGUGCUCGCGGGCGUGCUUCAAGUCGGUGCCACAGCGCAGAAUGAUGGAAAAGAUCAACUCAGUCCGCGCGCUUCACCAUCGGACUCCGACGAGGGAACGUGGAAGAAGCACGAUAAGAAAUGGUGUCAUCCAGACUGCGACAUUCCGGAGCUAAGGCAAUACCACGAUUGUGUUGGCUGCCCUUGAAUCAAUUGUGGGCCCAACUGAGGAAUUGCCGACCUUCGAUCGCUUGCGAUGUCACCUUGUAACUUCGCACUUGAUCCUUGGCUACACGUGAGAUGAUCUCGGGCGUAGUUCCCCGUACCGUCC